UGUGCCAAAAUGGAUGACCAUCGAAUUCGUGCACUUAUUUAACGAUUCAAGGCCGACGCUGGCUGUUCAAAUGCUGCGUCCGACUAGACAAUGCUGCGCCCGGCGCCUGAAGAGCCUCAAGCCAGGGAGGACCGUGGUCGAUACAAUCGGGAAUAAAAACGCGCACUGUGCCGCGCCAGAGUAGCCUCAACCCUAGGAGGCCGGUGCCCAACCAUGCCCAAUGAAGCUAAGACGUGGCAGGUGCACCGCAAAGAUACUGACUGACAAAUCCUUGCUCCGAUGCAGCACUGGCACGGUGGCGGGGUUUGCCGCAUGCAGCUGGAGGAUAUCUAACACACUCCAAAACCAAGCUCGUUCCCGAUCUGGUCUGUUCCUGGACAGAACCUGUGCGGAAGACCAUACUCAGCAUGCAUGCUUGGCCAUGGCAGCGUGCACGCAGCCCCUCAGCUCCUGCAGGUCCUGCCUCAGCUGCUCCAGGCUCCGCUGCUGGACCUGACUGCCCUGGGCCCGCUGCGCAGGAGCGUCGAGUGCGAGGGCACCGAUGAUCCCUUCCGACGAACGGCGGCACGAACAUCUGGGCACCGACGAACUGAGGACCAGCGUCGGACUGUCGCACCAGACGUCCGCAAAGCCUUCGCGCCUCUUGUCCCCAUGCUUGAGCCCUGCUGGGGGACACAUGUGUGUGCCGUGCUGCUGGCUCGGGCACUACGGUGUGUCUGGACAGUUUGAAACAAAAUGGCUACU